AUGGGGAAGGGUUUCGAAAAUUAUAUGUCAAAAAAAUGGUUUCAUCCAACCAAUAUUGGAAAUAUGAAACGUCAAUAUAUGGCUGAACAAAAAAAUGCUGAUGAAAAAAGACGACAACAAGAAUUACGUGAACAAUAUGAACGUGAACAAGAAGUUUUUUCCAAUAAACAAUUAAUGGGUGAUGAAAAAGCUCGUCUUGGUCUUUCAUUUAUGUAUAAUCCACCAGCUGGUAUGGCUAAACAAGAAGAACAAACUCAAGAACAAGAACUUCGACGUGCUGAUGGAACAUUAAUUAUUAAAAAAGAUGAACCGAAAUUUGAAUGGCAAAGAAAAUACAACGCACC